GAAUUGCGAUUUCAACAACAAAGUGACUUUACAACAGACGCACCGCGGCAGAUCCAAACAUUUUUUGACGUUUCUUUGCGUUUUCUAUUUGUGUGAGCUGACAACUGUAAAAAUGCAUGAGUAUUAAAUGGUCAGCAUACAGAGAAGGUUAGGAUUGAAUGGCCGCAAAGUCAGUGUUAACUUGUCUUGGCUGGAGGAAAGGAAAAUAUUCUCUGGACACUGAAGUAGUAGGACCAUUUGGAGUAAAAACAAACAUGGCUGGUAAUUACAGAAAACCAAGCUCAGGAGAGCCCCCACUAAAGAAGCCACGCACAGGUGAGGGAAAAGAAGAUGAAGGCCUCUGGGAUGACAGCAUGGAAUUUACACAGGCUGACCUUGGAGAUUUGGAGGACCUGGAAAUGCAGGCCUCACAGGCAAUUCGUCAUGACCCUCCGCAGCCGGAAACUGUAGGACCCACAGUCCCUGCAGCCUCAUCAGUUAGUCAGCCUCGGUCCAGGGCCAGUCAGGCACCUGUCCCCUCUCGGCCACAGAGCUCAGGUGGUUUUCUGAAGCCACAGCUAUCUAGAUCUUCCUCGAGCGUGUCAAGUCACACAGGAAGCCACAACACAAGCCGCUCUUCAGGUUCCCGGUCCAACAAUGCCUCAAGUCUUACUGGUUCCCACUCCAGUAACACAUCGUAUCCCAGCUCAUUGAGUGACUACAGCUCCACUAGCAUCAGAUCUGGUUCUUCUUUGGAUUCGUUGCCUGGGCAACAGCAGUCUGGUGCCCUGGUCCACAGACUGAGCUUCGAGUCCCCAGAUGUGCCUGGUAACCUGCAGCCAGCCACACAGGGAACCACUGCAGAGUUGAGCAGGUUCAAGCAGCAGAUUGCAGCCUUGCAGCUACAGCUGGAGCGUCAGAAGGAGGAGAUGUUGCUCAAGGAGGGGAUGAUACAGCUGCUGAGGGACAACAUGAAGACCAAGGACUGCGAGCUGGACGGACUGAAGAGAGACAAAAUAAGCUCCAUCCACCAGCAGAACCAGCAGCAGACGGAGAAGGAGAAACACCUGCAGACAGAGCUGGGCAGACUUCAGACCCAGCUGCAGUUCAAGGAUCAGGAAGGGCGGGAGCUGAGUGUGAGAUGCCGGGAGCUGGAGGGUCAGCUGACCAGCCUGCAGGCUACACCAGCCUCUUCACAGGCAUUCAUCUCUAGCCCCAAAUGCAGACGAAUUCUUGUUGAACAAAGCGUACUGAAAAGCCACGAAUUUCCCAAAGGCAAGGGACCUGCUUUUCCGUCCAAGCAAACAUUCUUGUCUGCAGAGGUGUCCCCUGUCAAAAAGUCACCAGUUACUGAGAGUAGAAGCCAUGUUGUUGGUGCAUCAGGUGAUCACGACAUUGGGUCUCAUGACAAUAAUAAAAACCGACUUAAAAACAAGGAGAGAAAAGAUAGGGGGCUCAUCUGCAGAUCAGGACUAAAGAAUUUGUCGACUGGGUCACGGUUGGUUGCUAGGUUACUGCAGGUACCUGCCGACAUGACAGGAAGUGUGCAGAACAGGGGCAUUGUGGGACUGCUCAACAUGCCCAGAUCCAGCACUAGUCUGCAGAAUAUGCAGUUUGAUAGAGACAGAGACACCAGUCUGUUGUCUCCAGUGCGUACACAAAGAUUGGCAGACUUUCAGAAUAUUGUUCAUAAAGUGGAGCAGACAGAAUUGACAAGCCUGGUACCAGUCAGUCAUUUCAACAUGGCUAUACAGGGACUCACAAAACUGUUAGCUGGCAACCAGACUGUUGCUAAAAAUAGCACACAUUCGAGCAAUAGCUCUGAGGACAGUAGCGCAGUUGGAUCGCCAGAUAGAUCUAAAUUUGGUGAUCAAUCAGAAGCCACAAGAUUAGAAAACUCAAUAUUUUUGUUACCAAUAAUAAAUGAUUACUUAGGUCAUUACAUAGAAAUGAUAGAGUUGACUUUAUUAGAAAGCUCGGCCAUUUCAACUAGUUCCACUAGCAAUACUUCCUCAAGUUCCCCAGACAGUUUAGAAACAAGUGGACCAUCCCCCACUGGUUCUGUGGCCCAGUUUCUUAAAAACUCAGCCAGCUUUGCCAAUGACUUGGAGGGGUAUUGUAUAGCAGCUCUUCGUGUGUUGCAUGAAUUAGUGGGGUGUUGCCACAUUCGGGAAGUCCUGAUGCAGAAAGAGAAUGGAGCAGAACAGGAGCCCAAUAUGGAAGUGGAGGUUCAGAUCCCACAAGAGGCCCCUAGUAGCAGGCUUAUUGUCAGGUCCAGUAAUCUACCCUACCAGUAUGUAGUGAAGCUUCAUCUGCUGCACAAAGUGUUGAAGCUUUCCAAUCCAGGUACAAAGGGCUUGUACAAUGUGAAAGUGGUGGGAUUGUGCCUGCAGAUUGUUGGUCGACUGGCACUACAUGCUGAAGAACAUCAAAUAACCAGCCUUCUGCCCCUUGUGUCAGAGGAGAGCCUCCAGCGUUGCCUGGAGUGUGACCGUGACCCCCAGGUCAUCAUAGAGGCAUUGCAUGUGUUUAAGGCCAUUGCUAGGAGCAACCAGUUUGUGGCCAUGUUGUGUUCAAGAUCUACAGGUUGCCUCAUGCUGGCACUGUAUGGACUUUGCUCUCCCACUAAAAUGCUUGUACAUCCAGAAAUUACCCAGCUGAAAUUAGCAAAACUGAUAUUGGAGGCCCUGAAUCAUCUGCUGAGCUGCCAUGAGGGCAUCUUGACCAUCCUGCUGGAGUCCAACUGUCAGUGCAGUGUGGGGUUUGUAACCAGUAUUGUGCACCUGUUGUACUCAGUUAUGAUGAUAUUCAACAACCAGUCCUACUUGGCAAACUACAGUGAACUUUCCAGACAUGGGACAUGUGAUGCAAGUGUGAAAAACGAGGAUGCACAAACAUUGAAGGACAUGAGUCUGAGAGUGUUGCAGACUGGUUUACAUUUGCUGCACCUGAUGAGCCUGCUGGACAGCAGCUUUUACAACCGACAUCAACCAGUCCAGCACUAUUAUGUACUGCUUGUGUGUGGACUUGUUCAAAUAUUUAAACCACUGAAAAAAAAUAACGAAGCGGAAAUGAAUGCCCUGCAGGACCUGUGGGACUUCAACCAGGAUGACUCUGAACUCUCCCACGACAGUGAAGAACAUGAGAACAUGGACCAGUCAUGAAAGAAAAACAUGGACCAGCCAUGAUAGCAGAACAUUCAUCAGUUGUGAUGUCAGAACAUGGAGCAGUCAUUACCUUGGAACAUGGAUUACUUGUUACCUUUGAACAUUAUCCAGUCAUGACCUUGGAACAUGGACCAAGUCAAGAUUUCAGAACAUGGACCAGUUGUGCUAUCAGAACAUAGACCAGUUGUGAUGUCAGAACAUAGACCAGUUGUGAUGUCAGAACAUAGACCAGUUGUGCUAUCAGAACAUAGACCAGUUGUGAUGUCAGAACAUGGACCAGUUGAGAUAGCAGAACAUGGACCAGUCAUUAAGUAACACCAUAGAGCAGUCAUUACUUAGGAACAUGGAUUACUUGUGACCUUAGAACAUGAUCCAGUCAUGAGUUUGGAACAUGGACCAGUUGUGAUGUCAGAACAUGGUUAACUUGUUAUGUCAGAAUAUGGACCUGGUGUUAUGUAAGAACAUGGACCGAUUGUGAAAUCAGAAAAUGGGCCAAUUGUGAUAUGGGAACAGGGACCAAUUGAAAUGUCAGAAAAUGGACCAGUUGUGAUGUCAGAAAAUGAACCAGUUGAGAUAGCAGAACAUGGACCAGUUGACAUAGCAGAACAUGGACCAGUCAUUAACUUACAACAUAGAGCAGUCAUGACUUAGGAACAUGGACUUGUUGUGAUGUUAGAAAAUGUACCAGUUGUGCUUUCAGAAUAUCGACUAGUAAUUAUGUCAGAACAUUGACCAGUUGUGAUGUCAGAACAUAGACCAGUUGUGAUGUCAGAAGAUGGCCCAGUUGUGAUGUCAGAACUUUGAUCAGUUGUGAUGUCAGAGCAUGGACCAGUUGUGAUGUCAGAAGAUAAAACCAGUUGUGAUUUCAGAAGAUGAAACCAGUUGUGAUGUCAGAACAUGGAUCAGUUUUGAUAGCAAAACAUGGACCAAUUGUGAUGUGACAACAUUGACCAGUUGUGAUUUCAGGACAUGGUCCAGUUGUAAUGUCAGAACAUAGAACAGUUGUGAUGGAGAUCAGUUGGCCAGCUGAGAUAGCAGACCAUUAACACAUUGAGAUUGGAGAACAUGGUGCAUUUGUGAUAGCAGAACAUGGACCAGUUGUGAUGUAAGGGCAUGGACCAGUUGUGAUGUACAUGUAAUUGCAUGGACCAGUUGUGAUGUCAGAACAUGGACCAGUUAAGAUAGCAGAACAUGGACCAGUUGCAAUUUUAGAACAUGGACCAGUUGUGAUAGCAAAACAUAGACCAGUUAUGACAUCAGAAUAAUUCAACAUGGAUCAGUUGUGAUGACAGAAAAUAAAUUGAUCAGUUGAAAUAGCAGACCAUGGACAAGUUGUGAUAGCAGAACAUGGACCAGUUGUGAUAGCAGAACAUGGACCAGUUAAUAAAGCAGAAUAUGGACCAGUUAAUAUAGCAGAAUAUGGACCAGUUGUGAUAGCAGAACAUGGACCAGUUAAUAAAGCAGAAUAUGGACCAGUUAAUAUAGCAGAAUAUGGACCAGUUAAUAUAGCAGAACAUGGACCAGUUAAUAUAGCAGAAUAUGGACCAGUUAAUAUAGCAGAACAUAGACCAGUUGUGAUAUAAGGGCAUGGACCAGUUGUGAUGUCAGAACAUGGACCAGUUGUGAUGUCAAAACAUGGACCAGUUGUGAUGUCAGAACAUUGACCAGUUGUGAUAACAGAACAUGGACUAGUUGUGAUUGCAGAACAUCAACCAGUUUUGAUGUCCAAGAAUUGCAUAGAGAAUAUACCAGUUUUUACUUCUACCAUUUACAGUUAUUGUCAAGAGAAUAGACCAGUUUUGACUUGAAAGAUUGAUUAAUGAAACAGUCUACUUUUUAAAAAUGGCCUUUCACUCCAAUAAGAGAAUAGCUGUUUUCUCUUGUUGCAGCAUUAAUCAGUCUUGAUUGGGCUUUUUUUUAUAAUUUGAGUGUAUUGAGUCCCACCUGUGUGUUGUGGUCAACAGUUCAUGGCUUGUUUGAUGUGCCAGCAAAUAAAUAUUAUACAAUUUAUUGUUUCACGUAAGAUAGAUAUAAAAAAAUAUGAAAAGGAAACAGAUAUUUUCUAUAAAAAAGUCUGCAUGUCAUGUAAUGUUUUCUGGAACUAUUUUUAAAAUAAGGUUGCUUUAUGUGAUGUAUGUAUACCAGUGAGUGCCCCAGCUAGGAUUUGAAAAGGGCAGGGGGAGCUAUUAGUCAAAAGGGAACUUUCAAGCAUGCAUUAUUUUGUCAAAAGGGCACUUUCGAGGGGUGGUAGUGUCCAGACUGCUCCCUGUUCCAUAUUAAUUUUUAUAUUAUUAAUAAUUGUUAGAAUAUAUCUCCAUUAUUAUUAAACCAUGCAAAUAAAAUGUUUAUAAUGAGAAGUUAAUAAAUAACAAUGUAAUAUGAGAUUAUAAAUUAAAAUAUGUCUAAACAAUAAAAAUAAAAUAGAUAAAAGGGCAGGUCGGGGCGCCCUUCCAUUUAGGCCUAGCUGAAGCACUGUAUACGAUAUUUCUUUUUUAUGCAAUAAAUUUAUAUGAUUGAAAUAAAUAAUUGUAUUAACUUUUAAUUGUAUAAAGUUAACAAUAUUCAAAGUAAAAUACCAUAUUUAAUUGUAAAAUGAAUUCAUCACCAGAUUAUUAUAAUAGUGUCAGGUUUUACACUGUUUAUACAGACAAAUACCAACUUCAAACUAAACGGCUGAACUCUUUAGCUCAAAUAAGUACAAUCUGGCUUAUCUGUUAGAAUACUUCCAGCAUCAAAUGUCACAAUAUGUGUAUAAUAUCCUGGUGCAUAAUUAAAUAUGCAAUUUCAGAUUUAUCAACCUGUAAGUUAUUAGUCAUAAUCUUUUUGUCGGCACUUGAAUUACAACAUACAAUGUUAACAUUCUAUAGAAUUCUAACAUGACAGUAUAUAACAUUAGACUCAAACGAGCAGCCAUCCUGGCUCUCAUGUUUAACUGAUGUUAGUUUUUAAAUUAUUGAUAUUUUAUAAGUGAAGUGUAGGUAGUGCACUUGUUCUGCCACAAACAUUGUGUUUUUUCAAUCGCAGCAUGUCAUGUAUACACAUUGUUAUGUAAGUGCUAACAAAUGUUUGUUGUGUUUGCUGAUUUUUGUUAUUAUCUGAUUUCUGAAAUAAAAUUUCUGAUAAAACACGUUUACAAUUUUUUAUAAUAUUGCGUGUCAUUUGCAAUUUAAUGUAUUGUUUACCUUUGUGACGAUGAUAAAUGAGAGUUUGGUUGAUGAACACCAAACCGGACAGUUCGUGUUUCUUCUGACUGCUUCGCCGUACCCCAACCGGACAGUUCGUGUUUCUUCUGACUGCUACGCCCUACCCCAACCGGACAGUUCGUGUUUCUUCUGACUGCUACGCUGUACCCCAACCGGACAGUUCGUGUUUCUUCUGACUGCUACGCCCUACCCCAACCGGACAGUUCGUGUUUCUUCUGACUGCUACGCCGUACCCCAAAGUCCCCAGUAGCACAGAGCCAUGCCAAAGGUGAAUGUCUUGCAGUAAAUAACAACAAUUACAAAUAAACUGAAAUAAAUAGCAUUUCUAAUAUAA